UUCGCGAUGCAGUAAGAGGCCGGCUUUAUAACUAUAAAAUGAAAAACGAACAAGAAGAUGUGAGCAGCAAACGCGUCAAGAAAGUCGUAUUGCCGCCGAAAUCGCCGAAAAGUGUAAAACUUAAGCGUGCCGCGUCGUUGAUUAAAAAACUGAAAUUAAAAUCGAAAAAUCCGUCGGGAAAUAAUCAUCCGGAUACUGCGUCGGAUAUACCGCAGUUUCCGCUGCCCGCUACUUCGUCCGUCGAAGAUUCGGAUCCUACGGAACGGCAGACGCCCGAAGGGGUUGAAAAUUUCGUCCUGACUAAGUCGGCUUCCGAAGCCAAUUUAAAAGAAACCUGGAAAAGUUCAGAGAGGCUCGACCAGGACGGUUUAAGGUUGCCGUCUACGCAAAGUGCGAUCGCCGUUGAAAACACCGACUUUUUUUCGAAUCCUGAUAAGAAAGUUUUACCGGAACGUACAAAAUCGUUGGAUAAUUUGAAAACUAUGCCCGCAUACGGGGAACUCAUCCUCGAUCCCGCUUCCGCUAAUGCUGCUGUUAUGUCAAAUGCAAAUCAGUCGUCGAGCAAACCAAAGGAUCAUUUAUACAAAAUUCUGGUUAUCGGCGAUCUGGGCACCGGGAAAACGUCCAUUAUCAAACGUUACGUUCACCGAUUUUUCACGCAACACUACAGGGCCACAAUCGGUGUUGAUUUCGCUUUAAAAGUUCUUCACUGGGAUGAAAACACACUUAUACGGCUUCAGCUUUGGGAUAUAGCCGGUCAAGAAAGAUACGGCAAUAUGACUCGUGUCUACUACAAAGAAGCGGUAGGAGCAUUUAUAGUAUUCGACGUGACGCGAAGGAACACUUUCGAAUCUGUCACUAAUUGGAAAUCCGAUUUAGACUCCAAAGUUCAGCUGCCCAACGGAGCUCCAAUACCAUGCGUCCUUCUGGCUAAUAAGUGUGAUCAACAGGAGGAGGGUAUCAUCACCAACCCGGGUAAAAUGGACGAUUAUUGCGCAGAAAAUGGAUUUACGGCAUGGUUCGAAACAUCGGCCAGAGAUAACAUUAAUAUUGAUGAGGCAGCGAAGUCACUCGUAGAAAAAAUUUUGGAAUUCGACAAUGUUAUAAACAACGACGUGAGAAAGGGCGACCAGUUUUCCCUAACCAAGGAUUCCACGCAAGCGAACGGGAGAAAAUUUUGUUCAUGUUGAUGAAUCGAAUAAUUUUGGCGGCUUCUUUUUCGUUAUAACGAAUAAGUACUAUUAUUUUUAAUUUCUAUAAGAUAAUAUAUAGGUGGUAUUAUUUGAUUUGUUGUUCGUGAAUAUCUGGAAAUUUUUAAUGAGCCCAGCAAAAAUCCGAUAUAUUAUGUAUUGUUUAUCAC